AUGAUUUUUUAUUUCCGACAGACGGCAGGAAAAUAUUAUUUUAGAAAAAUUCAAGAGGAACUUGGUGCAGACGGGCAGACGUUCGAGGAAUCGGUGACGAAAGUUAAAGAAUUUUAUCGAGAGGUCAAAGACUAUUUCUCAUCGGCUGACCUGGCUGCGUUGCUGCCGCUUGAUUUGUCGACGAGAAUAUACAACGCGAAGGCCUCACAAACCAGCCGUUCAUCAGCCCUGGACAAACGGCGGCGAAUUGAUGACAACUGGGCGUUUCGUUUAGCUGUCGAUCACGAGCAUUUGGCCGCGCUAAUCGCUUCAGCUUCCAGCGAAGGCAUCGUCCUACUGCCUGCAAUCGACGAGGCAAGCAGCUCUUGUUCUGGCCUUCCGGACUUCCGCAGCCCAUACGUCGCCAUUCGUGAAUGCAACCCUGUCUACUUGUUUGACAAUGACAAGCUAUGGAAUUGGUAUCAGAGAAUUUUCACAUACACCGCACCCAAACGUCGGCCAGGCCAAGUGGCGCGUUUCGAUGAAAAAGAGGCGGCACUACGGAAGCUGAUACCUUUUCUCAAGGUGAUCUUCCCCAAGAUUUGGAAAAGGAUAUCGCUCGGUAAACUUCCUGAUCUGAAAAUGUCCACCUACUGGUCCCAAUUUUUGCCGCUGUACAAGAAGGAAAACGCGAGUCGCGGUGUCUUUGACAUUGAAAUACCGGUACCGUCGAGAUACGAGAGCCUGCGUGAAAUCUUUAGUCUCUUUGAUCCAGAGGAAUUUCAAAAACUGAUAGAAAGCUUAAAGAUGGAGUUGAUGGAACAAUAUGAACGUCUUGAACGCUUCAUCAAUGAACCGAUAUGGACAGAACGGAUCAUUUCCGAAACCUCGUUGUUCCCGGCGCACACUAGUAAGUCGUGUCCUCACUUGAACGCGCAGUGUUUGCGUAUUUUCACUCUCGGCAAAUACGAUAUAGGUUCUGCCGUCAUCGUGGGCGAUCACCAUUUCAUCACGUUCGACAAUCACGCCUACGACUUUGCAGGCGAAUGUUCAUAUUUGUUGGCAAGGGAUUUUGAGGAAAACACGUUCACCGUUUCGAUCGACUACGAAAGGAGCUCGCGCGGGGACGUGGAGCGAAGGUCGAUCGUCUUCGAGUAUAUGAAGAACAAGGUUGAAGUACUUAGCGAUGGGAAGGUGCUCAUAAAUGGUCGACAAUACGCGCUGCCGUGGCAGACGGUGGCCGAUCUGCUGGACACGGCUGAACUGACCGUCACCCGACCGACGCAGAACAGCGUAUUGGUCACUACCGCGGAUCACAUCCGCUUGAUUUGUUGUUUCAACAGCAAUUUCUGCACGCUGAUCCUACCCGGAAGGUUCCAUGGAAGAUCAGCUGGACUCUUUGGAAUCAACGACUUCGAGCCGUCCAACGACCUGUCGAGCCCCGAUGGCAGGAAGGCGAGCCAUCUCACAGACUUUGCCAGCCAGUGGAGCACCAAUCAGCGCUGCUCCAGCGCCAUGAACGUCGCCCCGCAGCCGGCAACAACGACACCCAAAGAACUGACUAACAAAUGCAGCAAUUUUUUCGAAGAUCGCUGGUCUUCUCUCCGUCCGUGCUUCGCCAUCGUUGAUCCGGCUCCUUACCUGAAGACAUGCCUGUCAAGCGGCAGACAUCGCGCUGCAUCCACAUCCACAGACAACUUCAACGUCACUGUCUGCAACGUAGCGGCUGUUUAUGUGGCAAUGUGCAAAAUACGAGGACUAAAUAUUCCCCUUCCAGACAUGUGUGUGAAAUGCGUUGUGCCAAACCACCCGGCUUUGAAAGCAGAAGAAAGCUUGAAGUUCGACCAGCAUUCUAACGUGAUCGACGUGGUGUUCGCCGUGGAGGAGAGAAGUUGCAUGUCAGAUGUGCCGGCGGAACUCGAUCGAAUCGCGCAGACGCUGGAGAGCCAAGUAGCCAGGCGGGGAUACGACAUUCGCUACGUGGUCGUCGGUUUUAAUGGAAAAGAAGUGCACCACGCGUUCCACAUGAAUUCUGACGAUGGCCAGAUGAGGGCACCGUACUCAACGUUUAGAGAGUCAUUGCUGAACAACCUUCAUUUCCAUGAAGCCGAUCCUGACAAAGAAGGCGAACAGGCACAAAUCGACCCACUCACGAUUUUAGACACAAUUCCACACGUAUGCCCGUUCCGUCUCAGAAGCACUAAAUUUGUCGUCCUGUCCGCUUGUACAGCCUGCACAGGAGACGAGGUAAGUACGGCAGCAGUAAAGGACGCCUACUUAAAAGCCGGCAUCACCCCAUUCCUGCUGACCCCAAACUUUAAACAGCCGUCGAAAACUCACCACGACAUCGUCACUGGAAUGGAAGCUGGUUUACUCUACACUGCCAGAGGCAGAAGACCUCUGAAAGAAAAUGACGUCGCCUCAGUUCCAGGAUUAUGCCCGCAGUUGUUUAUGGAGUUGAACGGUACCGUAAUGACCUCUGAUCUUCAGGUGAGCUCGUAGCU